CGACGAAUGCCUGAAAAAGAGAAAGCUCGCACUGAAGCACUUUAGCUAAGCUAGCUAGCAGGCUAGCCAACCUUCAUAUGUGAUUCCUGAGAGGGGAGAAUCUGGUCGGGAGCAGCAGUUCAUGGAAGACAAGAAAAGGAAAAAGGAAGACAAACGGAAAAGGGAAGCCUCUCAGAAGGUUGCAGAGCAAAAAAACAAAGUGACAGACGUGACCAAGCCGGCUGCUGCCCAGUCUCCCGCCGCCCAGAGCAGCUCCGCCUCCCCCAGCCCUGUGCCCGCCCCCACUGCCGCUCCGUCCCCGGCCACCUCGGGCCCCGGCAGCGCUGCCCCCCCGGCUCCGGGCGGCAACAAUGCCAAGCGCCUGGCCGUGGCCAACGGACAGCCCGCCUCCAACACCGGCUCUUCCUCCGCCGCCGGCCCCGGCGCCACUGGGAACGGCGGCGCGGGCGGCGGCGCAGCCCAGGCGAAUCAGCAGCCAUCGCGCUACAUGCCGAGAGAAGUGCCGCCGCGAUUUCGCUGCCAGCAGGACCAUAAAGUGCUACUGAAGAGGGGGCAGCCGCCGCUGUCCUCCAUGCUGCUGGGAGGGGGGGGCGAUGGCCCGAACACAAACAUGGCUGCUGCUUCAGAUUCUGCAUCUUCAUUGGCUCUCACCUCACCAUCAGUUGCUGCUUCUACUAAUAAUUAUGCAAAUUCCAUGUGGGGGGCAAGCUCAGGCAGCCAGGUCCCCUCUCAGGGCAAGGAGAAGGUCAUCGUUGACGGCAACGACCUGGAGGAGUGGCCUAGUAUUGCUGGCAGCGAUGGAGGAAACGGCGGCACGCCUGUGACGAGCAUCAGUGCCUCUGGCGGCCAACCCUCACCCACUUCCUCGUUCUCUUUGCCCAAUGAAUGUAUGCAGUUGCCUAACAGUGCGGCGUGGGGGUCAACUGCCCCCCAGGGUCAUCUUGGAGGAGGUGCAGCUGGGCCUCUGCUGCAACAGCCCUCCUCUGUUUCCAAAGCCCCUGCUGUGCCCGGGAGCCACGACGCCAGUGGCCCCCUGGAUGGUAGCAGUGGAAUUCCAGGUGCCAACUUCAGUCCAAAUGCCAACCCUUCAGCCUGGCCUGCUCUGGUGCAGCAGGACGGCCCCGCCGCUGCCAACAACGCCGCCUCCAUGGGGCUGGGGGGCGGGGCAGCCGGGGGCCUGGGGGGCCACCCAUCUAUAUCUGUGAAUCAGUCAAGCGCCCAUCAGCACCAACUUCACCAAAUGCAAUCCAGAGACAGAGACGUUGGAGGGGGGAAGUGGGACGGUGAAUCAGCGGGACCAAAUAUUUCAGGGGGGGAAGGGAUUGGGGGAGGAAUGGACCAUGGUGUUGGGGGGGCCAGGGUAGGUGCAGGAGACCCGAGCCAUGCCCCCUCCUGGAGAGGCCAACCUUACCCUGCAGCUUACUCCAAAACGGGUGCCUCAAGGACUGACGGAUGGGAGGGAGGGGCAGCAGAAGGGGAUAAAGGGACUUUGGGUUGGGGGUACCCUAGUGCUGAAAAUGGGGGUCAAACCUCCGGGGCAUCUCAGGGAGGAUGGGGGUUACCAGUGGGAGCGGAUCGAGGGGUUUCCAGUAGCGACUGGGGUGGCGGGUCGAAACCUGCAGCUGAAGAAAUGGGAAACUGCAGCAGCAACAGCAGCAGCAGCAGCGGCAGCACUGCAGGGAACCCCCCCACUGCGUCCUCAUCCACCGUCCCCGCUGCUAGCAGAGCCUGGGACAAUCAGAAAGGAGACGGGGAAGUUGGGGAAUGGGGCGACGGCGCCGGGGGGCCAGGAGGACACGGGGGUUCUUCAUCCAGCGGCGGAAACUCCCGAAGUGGAAGCGGGCCCAACGGCAACCGCAUUCGUCGACAGGCGCCCAACGCAGAAGCUGCCUUACAGAACCUGCUCAGCCGGUCCGACCUGGACCCGCGGGUCCUGUCCAACUCCGGCUGGGGCCAGACGCAGAUCCGCCAAAACACGGCCUGGGACGUCGAGGAACAAAGCAAAGCUUCAUCAAAACACCCCGUCGCUCUGGGCGGACCCAGAACCCUCAGCACCGACUCGUCGGGUCCGGGGGUCAGUCCCUCGUUGGCUCCCUCCACCGGUUCAUCAGGGGAAGGCUGGGAGAGCAGCAGCAACAGCAGCAGCAGUGGGGCGUCUCUGUCCGGCAGAGGCCCCCCAACCGCAUGCACCAACAUGAGGAACAUGUCGCAGUCUGGAUCGGUGGCACCCGGCGUGGGGUCCGGGCUGACCCAGGGCAAGGCGGCGGGUUGGGGGGGAGGGGAUAAUCAUGAAGCCAAGGACUGGGGCGGCGAAGACUGGAGGGGCAACAGUCGGGCAGAAAAGGGCGGAGGAUGGGGGGAAGUCGGUCAGCAGGAGAAAGGGACGGAGGGCUGGAAGGACGUAGGGGGGAACGACGAAGGCAGCGGCUGGGGAUCAAAACCCAAGGUUGGAUCGGGUAAGAAUUGGUUGGAGCAAGAAUCCAAAUCGGGUGGGGGUUGGGAUGAUGAGAGGAGGAGCGGCGCGCACUCAGGGGGGGAUUCAGGUGGAGGUGGUUGGGGGAACUGGGACAGCAGCGCCCCCCGGAGGAGCUGGGGGGCAGGAGGCACAGGGGGAGGGAGCGGAGGAGGCGGCGGGGUGGAUGGCGUUGGAGGCAUGGCGCCCAAACCCCACCAGGGUUGGAGUGGAGGAAAUAAAAUGCACCAGAUGCCAAACAGCCAGCCGGGCUCCAUGCCAGGCCCGCCGGCGCAACCGCAACAAUCACAGCCCCGCAAUCAGAACCCGCAGCUGGACCAAGGGGCCAUGCAAGGUGGCGGCGGCGGGAGGAAGAUGGCCGCUCAGGCGCAGAACCAAAGCUCAGGCUGGAACUCCGGACCAAUCCCUGCCGGAGGCGGGAGUGGACCAGAACCGAGCGGCUGGGAAGAGCCAUCCCCGCAGUCCAUAAGCAGGAAGAGCGAGAUCGACGACGGGACGUCGGCGUGGGGAGACCCGACCCAUUACAACUACAAGCCGGUUAACCUGUGGGACAAGAACAGCGGCACUGCUAGCCAGCAGCCGCACGGGCCGGGUCAGAACCAGCAGCCGGGACCGCCGGUCCAGCAGAAGCCCAACAGGCCGACCGCGGCGCUCACAGAACCUUCGGGCUGGGGCGGCGCGUCUCCAGCUGCUCCGGCGGUGGACAACGGUACGGCAGCCUGGGGGAAACCCAGCGACGCUCCCACUGGCUGGGGGGAAGCCGACGACGCCGGGGGGAAGCCGGCAGGCUGGGGAAACGCUCCGUCAAACUCCAUCAGAUCUGGUUCGAAGUCUAUGCAAGACGGCUGGGGGGAGAAGGAGAGUUCGGUGGCGGCGUCGCGCCACUCCAGCUGGGAGGACGAGGAGGACGGAGGAGGCAUGUGGAACAGCGCCGGCUCCCAGGGCAGCGGCUCCUCCUGGGGCCAGGGCAGCAACGGAGGCUGGGGGCAAGGCAACCCGGGCAAGAAGACCGGCAGCAAGGCUCAGCUGAAGGCUGCAGGAGAUUCCUGGAUGAGUUCCAUCAACAGGCAGUUUUCCAACAUGGGGAUUCUGAGCGACGAGCCCGGCGGGCCGAACAUGGACCUGCCGCCCGAGAAGAAGCUGGAGGCGGAGAAGAGGGGGAUGGCGAUGAACGACUACAACGGAGAGAUGAGGAAAGGAGGAAGAGGGCCGAGUGGAGGAAUGCUGUACCGUCCCGGGUCCAAAGAGCCGGCGCCGGCGGACGCAGCGUCUUACUACGAUAAGACCUCACAUUUGGCCAAUCAGGAUGGUUGCCUUGGAGACGAGGCGCCUCGCUCUCUGAACUCGCCUCCCACCGCCUUCAAGCCCCAUUCCCUCUUCAGCCACUCUGUCCCCUUUAGACAAGGCGGCCACAGUAUCUUUGGCGGGACCGGAGGGAUGUCCCAGUCACGGCAUCAGCCCGGUGUCCCGCCCAUAAACCAGUCCCCAGGGAUGCGAGCACAAGUGCCUCAUCAGUUCCUGUCUGCCCAGGUGCCGGGCUCCAUGCUGAAGCCGAUGCCGCCUCCCAGCGGGGCGGUGGGGGCCGUCGGGGGAGGCGUGUUCCCCCCACAGCUGUCCCCGCAGCACAUCGCCAUGCUCAGCAUCUACCCGCCUCAGAUCCAGCUGCAGCUGGCUUGUCAGCUCUUACUGCAGCAGCAGCAGCAGCCGCCGCCGCAGCCGAUGCUGCAGAACCAGAGGAAGUUCUCACCAAACGUUCGUCAGCAGCCCGACCCUCAGCAGCUGGCCCGCAUCAUGACCGUCCUGCAGCAGCAGAGGCAGCACCAGCAGAUCGGCGGCCUGGGGUCCGGCUCCAAGUUCUCCCCCUCCCACCACGGCGUGUCGGGUCCCAAACUCCCCGGCGCCGAAGCGCUGCCCCAUCCGGGCCUGGCCGGGUCCGUGGCGGACCUGCAGCAGAAACCCUUCGGACCGUACUCGGGCUUCGGUUCUGCUGUGAACCUGCCGGGUCUGGACCUGGGCGGCUCCAUGGUGGGCGGCGCUGGCGCCAUGAAGGACCCGGCGGCGCCUCAGUCCCGCUUCAAAUGGAUGAUGGAGGGCAGCUGCUCCCCCGACGCGUCCUCACCGGAAAACGCUUUCCACAAAAACGGCCCAAUCACCCCCAUCAAGAUGCCAGGCGCCUCCCAUUACUCCCAGUUUGACUUGCUGGUUGGAGACGGAGCGAGCGACGGCUGGCAUCGCACCCCAGGCAACAAGAUGGCCGCCAAGCCCAGCAGCGCCCCCAGCUGGCCGCCCGAGUUCCAGCCCGGCGUGCCGUGGAAGGGAAUCGACCGCGUCGACCCGGAGUCCGACCCGUACAUGACGCCGGGGAGCAUGAUGGGAAACGCGGUCUCACCCGGCCUCAACGACUCGGAGCACCAGCUGCUGCAAGACAAUACCGACUCCACCCCCCCCCUGAACACCUUGCUGCCUUCACCUGGUGCCUGGCCCUAUAGUGCCUCAGACAGCCUUCUUAACAAUGCACACAACUCAGCAAAGUACACAGACUAUAAGACCAGCUGGCCUCCAGAACCCAUUGGACACAAGUCCUGGAAAGCCAGCCGCAGCAGCAGCAUCCAGGCUCAGCUGGCCCGGCCUCCGCCCGGCCUCGCCGGCCAGAAGCCGCCGUCGUCCUCGCCCUGGUCUGGAGGAGCGCCGCGGCUCGCUGGGAGGGGCUGGGGCAGCGGCGCCACCAACACCGGUUCGACCUGGAGCGACGGGAACGGCCGGGAAAGCUGCUGGCUGGUGCUCAGUAACCUCACGCCGCAGAUCGACGGCUCCACCCUGAGAACCAUCUGCAUGCAGCACGGCCCCCUGCUGACCUUUCACCUCGGCCUGACCCAGGGCACCGCUCUGAUCCGCUACGGCUCCAAACAGGAGGCGGCCAAGGCCCAGAGCGCGCUCCACAUGUGCGUUCUGGGUAACACCACCAUCUUGGCGGAGUUCGUCAGCGAGGAAGAGGUCGCUCGUUAUAUUGCACAUUCCCAGGCCGGAGGAGCAGGGAGCGAAGGAGCCGCCGCCGGGACCGGCAGCAACGCCGGCGACCGGCCUGGAGCCGCCACCGCGGCCGGGGGAGUGGAAGGCUCCGCCCCUUCCAGCGCCGCCGCGUCUUCCAGCUCAGGGUGGCAGAGUCUGGACGGCGGCCCGUCGGACCCAGCCGGCGCCGCCCAGGCGACCGGCCUCGGCAUCUUCACGCAGUGGAGCAGCAACGGCGGCGGUGCGGCGGAGGCGUCACGGCCGGCGCUGUGGGGUGGGAUGGGGGGGUACCCCGGCGGCGGCCUCUGGGCGUCUCCGGCGCUGGAGGACCGCCACCAGAUGGGGAGCCCCGCCUCCCUGUUGCCGGGUGACCUGCUGGGCGGCGGCGCCGACUCCAUCUGACCCGCCGACCUCCGACAUGAAGACGACAGCAACACUUAAACUCAGAACCUCACCAUCAGCAUCCAGACCGCUCAGGCUCCGCCCCUCCGGGUCGCCAUGGCAACCAGUAAACUCGCUGUUUUUAGUGCGUCACUUUGUUUUUGUAUCUGUAUUAAACGGUCAGAUCUCAGACUCGCAGACUGAGCCCGCGUUCGGCCCGGCGCUCCGGGGCGCGUUCGUUUUCCGUUUCCGGAGGGGAGAGGGAGGCGGAGCUUAGGAACGGCGCCACACUACUGAAUCACACGGCGACACGCGUCAGCGGAGGUUAGUCUGCCGGUACGGAGCGCCGCCAUCAGAGAGGGACCCAGGGUAAAACACACGCAUCGUUAGCCAAACUUGCACUAUUAGCCUCUGGGUUCAUCGACUCCUCCUCUUCCUCCUCUUCCUCGUUUAGUUUUUUACUCCAACAGGUAAGACGUUGCGACAGCUGUGGCCUUGGCUGAACCCCGUCAUCACCCUCUCUGCUCAUAUAUUUGACAGUAACGUAUCUCUGUCGGUGUACGUUGGUUGUUUAUCAUAUUUUUUAUGUUUUAAAGAAAUCGGUGAAUCUUUGUGUCGUUUUUUUGUUUUGAUGCAACCAUGACUCGCUGUAAAGCUGCCCUCCUGCCUGCCUGAGUGCAUGAAGAGCGUCCAGCGGCUCAACAUGAUGAUGAAUGUUUUUCUUUUAUGUCCAGGAGAGAUUCAUAAGAACCGCUUCAGCGUGUGUGUGCGUGUGUGUGUGUGUGUGUGUGUGUGUGUGUGUGUGCGCGCUACCAGUCAGGGAAGCGAUUGGAUGUAAACGGAUUUUUUCGACCGUCUGCCUGAAAAGUUAAAAAACUGAUCUGGCUCUAUACGUCUCUGAUGUCGGUUGUUUAUUUUUUAGCAGCGUUUUUUGUUUUCCUGUCAAAUGCAAUAAGAGAAAUGUUUUGUUUUGAAGACAAAGCAGGAAACUGAUGGCAUUUGUGUGAAGAUGCCAUGUCCUACCAUACCAAGCUGAGCUGGAACAGUGUUUUACAGACACGUUAAAGACAUUACCUGUUUAUGUUUUACUGUGUUUUUCUGUUUUCCUCUUUUUUUUUGUUUAUGUAUCCAUUUAAAUUAAGUCAGUCUUUAUUAUCACUCCUGUUCAGGAUGUUUUCAUUUAUUUCAUAUGUUACAAAAAGGAGAGGAAGUUAAUUUAAAGCAGAAAAGAACAAGAUAAUAAAGGUUGAGUUGAAGUCUG